AAGUGUUAAUUUAUAUUAAAUGAAUUAAGUGAGGGAUGCUUGCAUAAUUUGAAAUCCAUAUUUCUAUUUUUGACAUCAAAUUUUUUUUUAACUAAUUAUAACCGAAUAUUAAAAAAGGAUCGAUGUCGUGUAAAGUAUGCAAGGUAAGACAGGUAAGACAAUUGUUUGUUAUCAACAAAGAGAAAAAUUUUGACAUAAAUUUCGGAAGAUUAAGUUUGAUUAAACUUCUUUCCAUCAAAAUUUUUGUUCCUGAACAAAAAAUUUUCAAAUAUUAUUUUAUUUUAAUUCAUUAAUAAUGUCUACCGUUGUGUCAAAAAAUGUUCUUGAAGUUCUCUCUCUCUCUCCUGAAGAAUAUAGAAAGAGAAAAGUUGCUUUGAUAACUGGUAUUACUGGUCAAGAUGGUUCUUAUUUAACUGAAUUUCUUUUGGAAAAGGGAUAUUCUGUUCAUGGUAUCAUUCGCCGAUCGUCAUCGUUUAACACAGGAAGGAUAGAGCAUUUAUACAAGGACCAACAUGAACGUCCUAAUAUGGUUCUACAUUAUGGUGACUUGACUGAUUCAACUAAUCUUGUCCAUAUCGUUUCUCAGGUUCUUCCAACUGAAAUUUAUAAUCUGGGUGCUCAAUCUCAUGUAAAGGUUUCAUUUGAUAUGGCCGAAUAUACCGGUGAUGUCGACGGAUUAGGCACUUUGCGAUUGUUGGAUGCCAUUCGAACUGUCGGUCUAACCAAUCAUGUCAGAUUCUAUCAGGCUUCAACUUCUGAACUUUAUGGUAAAGUCGUUGAAACACCUCAAUCAGAAACCACACCUUUCUAUCCUCGUUCACCUUAUGGAGUUGCCAAAUUGUACGCAUACUGGAUUGUAACUAAUUAUCGUGAAGCCUACAAUAUGUUUGCUUGUAACGGCGUUUUAUUUAAUCAUGAAUCUCCUCGUCGUGGUCGUACAUUCGUAACUCGUAAGAUUUCACGUGCUGUAGCUGAAAUUUCCUUGGGUAAACAAGAAUGUUUGUGGCUUGGUAACGUUGAUGCCAAACGUGAUUGGGGUCAUGCCAGAGAUUAUAUUGAGGGGAUGUGGUUAAUGCUUCAACAAGACGAACCCGACGAUUUUAUACUUGCAACCGGAGAAACUCAUACAGUUAGAGAAUAUUGUGAAAAAGCAUUUGCCGUAGUAGGUAAAACAAUUUUAUGGGAAGGAGAAGGUGAAGCCAUCGUUGGUAAAGAAGAAGAUACUGGUAAAAUUAGAAUUCGGGUUGAUCCAAAAUAUUUCCGUCCAACCGAAGUUGAUUUAUUACUUGGUGAUCCUACAAAGGCUCAUAAAAAACUUGGUUGGAAACGAAAAGUUGAUUUUGAUUCUCUUGUAAAAGAAAUGGUUUUAGCUGAUAUUGAAGGCGCUAGAAUUGAUUCUAAAAACUGAAAGUCAGAUUUCACGUGA